AAACAAAGGCGUCGUCAGCGGCGGACACCGAGGGGUCGAGCAGGCCCGGCAUCCUACCCCAUUGCCGCAUCGGCAGGCCACGGAAGGGGAGGAGGGCAUUUGAAUUUCGAACGCCGCCGGCCGCUCCCCAUUCCCUACCAUCCUCUCCCCUGUCCCUCCGGCCUCCACCGUCCGCAGGCAGCGAUGAAGGCGUCCGCGGCCUCGCGCUACGCGGCCUACGACUCGCCGUCCCCGUCGCCGCGCCGCGCGGCGGCGCCUUCCGCGCCGACACCGGGAGGAGCGCACGGGAGCAGCAGCAGCAGCCGCGCGCUGGUGGUCGCGGGGAGAUCCGGCCGCGACCUGCGGGGCGCCGGCGGCUUGCCGCAGCCCCACCACCAGGGCAACCUGGGCUCCGUGCUGCGGCGGCUCAUCUCCAUGGACAAAAAACCGCCUUCCGCCAAGGCCCGCCUCCCGGUCCCUCCUGCCGCCGUCGCCGCCGCGGCGAAGACCAACGGCGGCGGGAAGCUGCCGGGGCUGUCUCGGAAGCUUUUCCAGAAAGGCUCGUCCGCCGAUGCGGCGGCGGCCAAGAAGACGAAGGCCCUGACGGACGUCAAGAACGGCGGCAACAACGCCAACACGCGGACGCUCGCCAUGGUGCUGCGCAGCGAGCGGGAGCUCCUGGCGCAGAGCCAGGCGCAGGAGGAUGAGAUCGCCGCGCUCCGCCUGCAGCUCGAGAACAAGGACCGGGAGGUGGAGCGGCUCAAGGACCUCUGCCUGCGGCAGCGGGAGGAGAUCAGGACGCUUAAAGACGCCGUCCUUUUCCCGGAGCCGGAGCCGGAGCCGGACCGCCGCCUCCGGGACGAGAUCUCCACGCUCACCAGCCAGAUCCAGUGCCUCGCACAGGAGCUCGCCCAGGCACGCUCUCUGUCACGAUCUCGCCAACACUCGGCAAGGGCGGGUUUUGACGAUGAUGGAUACUGCUCUUCCCCUAGGACGCCGGGGUUUAACGAGGAGACAGCUUUUUCUCUGGAGUGCAGCAUCGGAGAAGCUGAGACGCCAAACUAUGGUAGCCCAGAUGAAAUGUUCAGCAAGGAUCUCAAUCCUUGCCUGACCCCCUGCAUUGUCAAGAGCAAAUCCGAUGUAUCUGCACAAUUCCAGUCUUCUUCCCAUUUCACAAAGGAAUCCAAUGGUUCUCAUUGCAGCAGCAGCAAGGCAAGAGCAGACCGCUCUCACAAUUCUUUUGGCAAGCCAAUGUCGAAGAGCUCUGAUCAUCACAAGCCUACCUCAGGCACCAGCAGCAAACGAAGAGUAUACAAAUCUGACCAAGACAAGAUCUAUCAGAACCUGUUUGAAGUUUGUCAUUGUCAUGAACGUGCCAGUACAGGCAGCCUAUGGCCUCUGGCCCUCUGCUAUGUGAAUUAUUUAUAAGCAUGUGGACUUCUAUGGUCCAUGGAUACUGGUUUGGUGAAUGCAAUCUUGGUUUGUUUUGUUAUGUUGUGUUCUUACUUGCCCAGUUAUUUACAGUGCCAGUUUGACUCUGCAUUGUCAUGGUUAGAUGCAUGUGCAAAUUCUUUUUCUUUUGAAGAUGGUGCACAGUCGUUUGGAUUGCUACCUUUGGCUUAUUGGCUUAGCUGUGUGGUAAUGAUAUAGCAUAUGCAUAAUGUUGUCAAAGUGUAGCAGAUGUUGUCAGAGUGUAGCACAUAGCUGGAUUGCAUUCGCCAAUCGAUGUAGGUAAUAUGUGAUUUGUAAGGUGCAACUUGGUUUUUGCUUGUGAAAUUGUUGAAACUGGUAUAAUAUAAACCUUUCUUUUUUUAU